CCCCUUGUGGGCGGGGAGAGAGCGGACGAGGACGGCGAGACUUCCGUGCCCGUUUUCAGAACAGAGGUGCGAGUUCGUUGGUUCGAGACGGGCGCCCUGGUUGGCUGCUCGGCUGCUCUCUUUCUUUCUUGACUGGCAGCGGUUCCUCCAAGCUUCCACCUGGCAGGAGUCAGCUCUUUCCAACCCGACUUGGGGAUGGACCGUGGGGGCUUCGCCUGCCAGGUGAUGGCAGCUUAAUCGGAUGAUAAACAGAAGGAAAGCAGUGGACCUGCUAUCCCGUCACGUCACGAUGACAGCGCAUCUGGUAUCCCGUCACUUCCAGACGGGUGCAUUCACCUUGAAAGGUUUUUUUAAUACUCCGGUGUGUCCCACUCACAGAUUGUGGUCCAUCCCAAAGAAGCACUCUGUGUGGCCUAGAAACUCACAACAUUUGCUCAGAUACCUGGGUUCAAGGCCUAUUAGCUCGUCCCGAGCGGUCUAUAAGUUGGACAACAGGGAUUUACAAAGGACUCGGCCUGCCAGCUCCUCCAAAGCAGUCAGCGCAGAGGAUGAGGAACCAGAUGACGAUGAAGGUUUUGGGAAGCUGUCUCAAAAUUUUUCUUCCAGACAUUUUUUUCAUAAAGUGAGAGUCGACUUCCAGAACAUACAGCUCCAAAUCCCGGAGGAAGAGUCGGAAGUGAAACUGAGACGAGGCCGUAGGAACACUCCAUACUGGUAUUUCUUGCAGUGCAAGGCGUUGAUAAAGGAAAACAAGCUGGCAGAAGCCCUGGAUCUGUUUGAGGUGCAGAUGCUGAAGGAGAACCGCCUGCAACCAGAAGAGAGCAACUACACAGUGCUGAUUGGCGGAUGUGGCAGGGCCGGCUACGUGAAGAAGGCCUUCCAGCUCUAUAACGAUAUGAAAAAGCGUGGCCUGAUGCCCACGGAUGCCACAUACACAGCCCUGUUCAACGCUUGUGCCGAGUCGCCCUGGAAAGAUUCGGGCCUGCAGAGUGCACUCAAGCUAUGGCAGCAGCUCCGGAGAAAGAAUCUGGAGCUGAAUCUGGCAACAUACCACGCUCUGCUGAAAGUCUGUGCCUUCUGUUCAGAUCUCAGGAUGUGCCUGGACAUAUUAAAGGAAAUUGUCCAGAAAGGCCAUAAGGUCACCACAGAUACUUUCAACGUUCUCCUCAUGGGGUGCCUAACAGAUAAAGAGAAUGGCUUCCGAUACGCCUUACAGGUGUGGCAGCAGAUGGUUAGAUUGAACCUAAAACCCGACAGUUACAGCUACAACUUGAUGCUCGGCGCUGCCAGAGACUGUGGCCUCGGCGACCCCCUCGUGGCUUCUGAGCUGUUGCUAAGAUCCUUGGAGGGGAGUCCAUCCGCCCCGAGGCUGAUGUCUGGUCAACAGCGCCAGAAGGUGAAAGGCAAGAAAAGAAAGGAAGCAGAUCCUGGAGUGGCAACGUUUUUGGAUGUGGAGAUACUGGAAAAAUGUAUGUUCCCGGAAAACGACAGAAAACCGGAGGCACCUUUUUUCAGCCAGGAAAACCAAGAUGUGAGCCGGGAUUGUGAAAAGGCAGAGACUGCUGAGAGCAGAGACAGUUUCUCUGCUGUGCCACAUUCCACAAUGUCCAAGGAGUUGGUUGUCUCGGAGAAAAGCCAACUGGCUCCACGCUCUUUGGAAACAAGCAUGGUGUGUUUCUCUGAGGACACGAUCCCCAACUUGCUGGACAUGCAGGUUCCGAGCAAUGUGAUUUCUUUAGGGAGUGUGACCACAGCCUCAGACAGACUGGCUCUGAUGGGGAACAUGGAAGGCUUCCUAAAGAAGAUGAAAGACGACAAAGUGGCAGCUAAUAUUAAGACCUUUACGCUGCUCGCUGAGGUAGUGGAGCCCAACAGCCAAUCAGAAGCUUCCUUAUUGGCUGUGAUGGAUGAGGACAAUGUGAAACCAGAUGUCACCUUCAUUAAUACCUUGGUGAGGAAGAGGAGCAAGCAAGGAGACCUAGCGGGAGCAAAGAGCCUGCUGCCAAUUCUAGUGAAUAAAGGAUUAUCGCCCAAUCUACAUACCUUUUGUAACCUAGCGAUAGCUUGCCGCAGACAGAAGGACGGAGUGCAGCUGCUCUCGGAUUUGAAGCAGUGUGGGAUCAGUCCAAACACACACAUCUACAGCACGCUGAUCAGUGGAGCCGUGAAGAGGCUGAACUACACCUAUCUCAUAGAGAUCCUAAGAGACAUGAGAAAUAACCAGGUUCCUCCAAAUGAAGUUGUCCUACGUCAACUGGAGUUUGCAGCACAGUAUCCUCCAGAGUUUGACAGGUACAAAACAAAAGACCAUUAUCUGGAGAAAAUUGAUGGUUUUCGAGCCUAUUACUUCCGCUGGCUGAAGUGGAUGGCAGCAGAGGAGACACCCCACCCUUGGGCAAAAUACAGGACUCCUAAGCAGUCACAAAGCAAGGAGACAGGCAGUUCAGAAGCUGCACAAAACCACAGCAGCCGGAUGGGACAGUAGUAUAAUAAAGGGUGUUUAUUUCCA